GGUGCACGGGAGAGGUCCGAGCCAAGCGUAGACGCAGGGGGGUAUUUCCCUUGGCAUGCUCCCCGUAGCCGUAGCGGCGGUGUUAGCAGCCCCCGCGACUGUCGAAAUUCGUCGCCGUGUCGUUGCGCCGAGUGCCGAUGUCGUGCCGCCACCGUGGACCAUUUGUGAGCGGUAGGGCGUGACGAGCGAGAGCGGCGGUUGAAGGAGCGUGUGUGUUGUGUGUGGUGGUGCCGCUGGACGGUCGUCGCGGUGCAAGUGCAGUUGGUCCGCUCAAGCAGCGGACUACGCCGGGACCUGCAACUGACCCUCGGCUGUCGUUAACUUCCCCGAGUGUGACGUCUCGCGUGCUUGCUACUGGUAGCUCACUCGCGAGUUUAAAAAGCGUCGUGCCCGCUCCUGUGUUGUGUGGUGCGUUCGACUUGACGGACGCGUCUUCGGGCCUGUUCCAAGCAGCAACCUCGAGCGUUCGCUGCCGCGCGUUUUAUUUUUAUUUUUUUCUUACGCGGUCGCCUUGGCCGGUGUGAAGGAGGGAUACCCUCCUUUUUGUGCUUACUGCCUUCCUCGAACCCCCGCUCGUUCCCGUCGGUGGCGUUUUCUCCCUUCGGUGGCAGGAUGACGGAAUGACAAGACGAGACGGAUACUGAAGCAAGUCGCCGGUGCCGCGGUACCCUGGCACACCAAGCCGCGCCGGUUUGAGCGAAGGGGCCCGUCGUCCAAGCGGCGGCUCUUCACCAGCGGAAGGAUGGGUGCCUUCCUGGACAAGCCCAAGGUGGAGAAGCACACCGAGGGUGGCCAAGGCAAUGGGCUGCGAUACGCGCUGGCCAGCAUGCAGGGCUGGCGCGUCGAGAUGGAGGACGCCCACUGCGCCAUGGUGGGCCUGCCCUGUGGCCUCGACCGCUGGAGCUUCUUCGCAGUCUUCGACGGGCACGCAGGUGCCCGCGUGUCAGCCCACUGCGCCCAGAACCUGCUGGACGCCAUCAUCCAGACGGAUGAGUUUGCCCAGACCGUGGCCUCCACCUCAGACAUUGGCGAGGGCGGGGAGGAGCUGGCGGAGCGGGUGGCCACGGGCAUCCGUCGUGGCUUUCUCUGCCUCGACGACCAGAUGCGCGCUUUGCCCGAGGUGGCCUCGGGGGAGGACAAGAGCGGCUCGACGGCCGUCUGUGCCCUCAUCUCGCCCAGCCACGUCUACUUCGCCAACUGCGGCGACUCGCGCGCCCUCCUGGCCGGAGCUGGCCAGCCGGCCUUCACGACCCGCGACCACAAGCCAAUCAAUCCCGGGGAGAAGGAGCGCAUCCAGCGGGCUGGCGGGUCUGUUAUGAUCCAGCGGGUCAACGGCUCCUUGGCGGUCUCGCGAGCCUUGGGAGACUUUGAGUACAAACAGGUGGCCGGAAGGGGUCCCUGCGAACAGUUGGUGUCACCCGAGCCCGAAGUGACGGUGCAGGCACGGGACACAUCGUCAGAUGAGUUCCUGGUGCUUGCGUGCGACGGCAUCUGGGACGUGAUGAGCAAUGAGGAGCUCUGCCACUUUGUUCACCACCAGCUCUGCAUCUCUCACAACCUUGAAGAGCUCUGCGCUGCCGUCAUUGACAUCUGCCUCUACCGGGGGAGCAAGGACAACAUGAGCAUUGUCCUUGUGCUGUUUCCCGGUGCUCCAUCAGUGAGUGACGAGGCACUGCAACAUGACCGCGAACUAAAUCAGCUCAUUGAGAAGAGGAUCACAGAGAUAGUUUCAGAGGGCUCUGACGCAGAACUGAACAACAUCAUCCAGGCACUUGCUGAGGAAGACCUGCCCGGCCUCCCACCCGGUGGAGGAAUUCUCGCCAAGAGGAGUUUCAUCGAGGAAGUGUACAGCAAGUUAAAACCCCCGUCCACGUCAUCAGAGUCGGUGAAAAGCCACUCACAGGAUUGUGAACAAGUGGAGGAAGCGGCGAAUCAUUGAGAGGAGCGGAUGCUUUCGUCGACACAAAACGGAGCGUCGCUAUGAAGCGUCCUCCACCGCAUCACUUUUUUUGUUUCCCCGUGAAAAUGUGGCUGCCGAUUACGACCGUCAGGGACUGCUCGGUGGCAAUGGCGACCAUAACCAAACAACCGCUCAUGAACGGCUGCCAGCAACAAAUUGAAGGAAAGCAGGAGAGACGUCGGAAGAUUUUCCCUGGCCGCGGACUGGUACUCGUUGAUGGCCAUCGAUGACGGCGGCGGCACUUAGAAGCCACCUUCACAGAGUGGUCGUCGGGAGAGAAAUGGCGGCUAGCCGACCGACCGACUGGCUGACUGACCGGUGUCAACUUGCGUAGUGUGUGCGUGUGUGUGGCAGAUGUUGACACAUCAGCAUCCCCCCCCUUUCCCUUCCUUACUUUGCAUAGUCUUCUACUGUCUUAGGUUUUUUCCUUGAUUUCUGUUUUCAGCGAAGAAGCUUUUUUUUUUU